CGCGCGCCUCCAACAGCAGGCCGCGAGAGGCGCGACCGGGACUCUGACUCGGGAAUCCCGCUCCGCGAGGCACCACCAGACCCGGACUCGGAGCCGCAGGUGCCCGGAGAUGAGCAUCAAUGAUUCCUCCCUUAUGGCUGGGAUCAUUUAUUACAGCCAAGAAAAGUACUUCCGCCAUGUGCAGCAGGCCGCGGCCGUGGGCCUGGAAAAAUUCAGCAAUGACCCAGUGCUGCAGUUCUUUAAAGCCUAUGGAGUCCUCAGAGAAGAGCGCAUCCAGGAUGCCAUCAGCAGCCUAGAGAGCAUCCAGAAUCACCCAGAUGUGUCCCUGUGCUCCGUCAUGGCUCUCAUUUAUGCUCACAAGUGCUGUGAAACCAUCGACCGAGAAGCGAUUCAGGAACUUGAGAGCAGCCUGAAGGAAAUCCGCAAGACAGCCAGCGGGACUGCCCUGUACUAUGCCGGCCUCUUCCUGUGGCUCAUGGGCCGCCAUGACAAGGCCAAGGAAUACAUUGACCGCACGUUGAAGGUCUCCAGCAGCUCCAGAGAGGGCUACGUGCUCAGAGGCUGGGUGGACCUCAGCUCAGACAAACCCCACACUGUGAAGAAAUCCAUCAAGUACCUCGAGUAUGGCAUUCAGGACACCAAAGAUGUUCUGGGGCUGAUGGGAAAGGCAACGUAUUUCAUGAUGCUGCAGAACUACUCGGGGGCCCUGGAGGUGGUGAACCAGAUCACUGUCGCCUGGGGCAGUUUCCUGCCGGCCUUGGUCCUAAAGAUGCGGCUGUUCUUGGCUCGGCAGGACUGGGAGCAGACGGUAGAAACGGGACACAGAAUCCUAGAAAAAGAUGAAAGCAAUAUUGAUGCCUGCCAAAUUCUAGCUGUGCAUGAGCUUGCAAGAGAAGGAAACAUAACCACAGCUGCUGAGCGUGUUAGAAAUCUGAUUAAGGCGCUGGAAACAAGAGAGCCCCAAAAUCCAAGCCUCCAUCUUAAAAAAAUUCUUGUGGUUGGCAGACUGUCUGGGAGGCACCAGGCGAUUCUGCAGCUGGUGUGUAACUUCCUCGAGCGAACCUUCAUGGCCACAUCCUCCUACGCCCACGUGGCCACAGAGCUGGGCUACCUCUUUAUCCUGCAGGACCAAGUGAAGGAGGCAUCUCUGUGGUACUCGGAGGCCAUGAAAUUGGACGAGAGCAGCAUGGCUGCCUUGACUGGGGUCAUCUGGUGCCAGAUCGUAGACGGCCACCUGGAAGAGGCUGAGCAUCAGCUGGAAUUCCUGAAGGAGGUGCAGCAGUCCUUUGGGAAGUCCGAGGUGCUGGUUUUCCUCCAAGCCCUCCUGGCUUCCAAGAAGCACAAGGGAGAGCAGGAGGCCGCGGCACUGCUGAAGGAAGCGGCUGAGCUGCACUUCUCCAGCACGCAGGCCCUCCCCCUGAGCACCGAGUACUUUGAAAGGCUUGACCCCCUCUUCCUGGUCUGCAUCGCCAAGGAGUACUUGGUCUUCUGCCCCAAGCAGCCCCGGUCGCCAGGCCAGAUUAUGUCUCCUCUUCUUAAACAAGUCUCUGUGAUCUUGCAUCCUGUAGUCAAGGCAGCACCAGCCCUGAUCGACCCGCUGUAUUUGAUGGCCCAGGUCAAGUAUCUCUCAGGAGAGUUAGAGAAUGCCCAGAGCACCCUGCAGCGUUGCCUGGAGCUGGACCCCACCUCCGUGGACGCCUACCUCCUCAUGUCUCAGAUCUACCUGGCUCAGGGCAACUUUGCCAUGUGCUCCCACUGCCUGGAGCUGGGCGUCAGCUACAACUUCCAGGUCCGAGACCACCCCCUCUACCACUUCAUCAAGGCCAGGGCCCUCAACAAGUCUGGAGACUACCCAGAAGCCAUAAAGGCACUGAAGAUGAUCAUAAAAUUACCAAUUCUGAAGAUGGAAGAAAGCAAGAAGUUCCAUGGGCCCUCUGUGCGGCCCAGCGAGCGGGUAUCCAUCUUACUGGAAUUGGCAGAUGCCCUCCGGAUGAAUGGGGAGCUGCAUGAGGCCACGAAGGUCAUGCAGGACACCAUCAACGAGUUCAGUGGCACGCCGGAGGAGAUCCGCAUCACCAUUGCCAACGUGGAUUUGGCCCUGAGCAAGGGGAACGUAGACCUGGCACUGAGCAUUCUGAGGAACAUCACACCCAAGCAGCCCUGCUACAUGGAGGCCAAGGAGAAGAUGGCCAGCAUCUACCUGCAGACCUGCAAGGACGUCCGCCUCUACAUCGGGUGCUACCGGGAGCUCUGUGAACAUCUGCCUGGCCCUCACACCAGCCUGCUACUGGGUGAUGCUUUCAUGAACAUUCAGGAGCCCGAGAAGGCCCUCGAGGUCUACGACGAGGCCUACAGAAAGAACCCACACGACGCAUCCCUGAUCAGCAGGAUUGGGCAAGCUUACGUGAAGACCCACCAGUACACCAAGGCGAUUAAUUAUUAUGAGGCUGCCCAGAAGAUUAGCGGACAGGACUUUCUGUGCCACGAUCUGGCUGAACUGCUCCUGAAGUUAAAGAAGUUCAACAAAGCAGAAAAAGUUUUGAAGCAGGCACUGGAUCAUGACUUUGUCAAAGACAUCCCAUCCUUGAUGAAUGAUGUCAAGUGCUUGCUUUUGCUGGCAAAGGUUUACAAGAGCCAUAAGAAAGAAGAUGUGAUGGACACCUUGAACAAGGCCAUGGACCUCCAGUCUCGGAUCCUGAAGCGUGUUCCCCUGGAGCAACCAGAAAUGAUCCCCUCCCAGAAGCAACUGGCAGCCUCCAUCUGCAUCCACUUUGGGGAGUACUACCUGGCAGAGAAGGAGUAUGCCAAGGCAGUGCAGUCUUACAAAGAUGCCCUCUCCUACUCACCCAUUGACGAUAAGGUGGUGCCAGAACUGGCACGGCUCUACCUGCUGCAGGGCCACCUGGACUUGUGCGAGCAGCACUGCGCCAUCCUCCUGCAGACUGAGAAGAACCAUGAGACAGCCUCCGUGAUGAUGGCUGACCUGAUGUUUAGAAAACAGAAAUACGAAGCUGCCAUCAACCUCUACCACCAAGUCCUGGAGAAAGCGCCAGACAAUUUUCCUGUGUUGAACAAACUAAUCGAUCUGCUACGAAGAAGUGGCAAACUUGAGGACGCCCCUGCCUUCUUUGAAUUGGCCAAGAAGGUGUCCAGCCGGGUGCCUUUAGAACCAGGGUUCAACUACUGCAGAGGCAUCUACUGCUGGCACAUAGGGCAACCCAACGAAGCCCUGAAGUUCCUAAACAAAGCGCGCAAGGACAGCACUUGGGGCCAGAGCGCCAUCUACUACAUGGUGCAAAUCUGUCUGAACCCAGACAAUGAGAUCGUGGGUGGAGAGGCUUUCGAGAACCUGGUGACUGAGAGCAAGAAGGAGUUGGAGCAGCACGGCGUGCGCACUGCUGAGAAGCUGCUGCGGGAGUUCUACCCACACUCGGCCUGGGGCCAGACCCAGCUGCGGCUGCUGCAGAGCCUGUGCCUGCUGGCCACCAGGGAGAAGGCUAACGUGGAGGCGGCGCUGGGCACCUUCACUGAGAUGGCCCAGGCCGAGAAGGACAGCAUUCCCGCCCUGCUGGCCAUGGCACAGGCCUACUCGCUGCUGAAGCAGGUCCCCAAAGCACGCACGCAGCUGAAGCGUCUGGCCAAGGCCCCAUGGACGCUGGCCGAGGCCGAGGACCUGGAGAAGAGCUGGCUCCUGCUGGCCGACAUCUACUGCCAGGGCGGCAAGUUCGACCUGGCCUCGGAGCUGCUGCGGCGCUGCAUGCAGUACAACAAGUCCUGCUGCAAGGCCUACGAGUACAUGGGCUUCAUCAUGGAGAGAGAACAGUCGUACAAGGACGCAGCCACCAACUAUGAGCUGGCCUGGAAGUACAGCCAUCAUGCCAACCCUGCCAGCGGCUUCAAACUCGCUUUCAACUACUUGAAGGACAAGAGAUUCGUGGAGGCCAUCGAAGUCUGCCACGAUGUCCUCAAGGAGCACCCCAACUACCCCAGAAUCAGAGAAGAAAUUUUGGAAAAGGCCCAAGGGUCUCUGAGGCCCUAGCUGUGGAUGGCAGUAAUGGGCCAGUCUGACCUCAGGGGAAGGAACUCUGAACUGGGAGUCAGGAGGCCUAGAAUCUCCCUGUGUGACCUUCCCCUCUGGGUAUGUGUCCCCAUCUGUGGCAGGAAAUUAGACUAGAUCUCUGUGUUCCCAAAUCAUGGUACAAAUGCCUGCUAAUGAUACACAGCAAACAUUUGAAAGUUUAAUAACUAUGUGUUUAAGUAUCAUCCUUAUAGAAAAAAUAGUACAACAAACUCAUGGAUUUGUGGGUGCUGUUACGUAGAAUGGUUCUAACUUUUAAGCAUAUUGAUAUAAUUGAUAUAAAGUAAAAUACUUAGUAUGAGUAGAAUGCAGAUAUGGCAGAGUUUUCAAGAUAAGUUGUCCAGUGACUAAGGUUUGGGAACAGUGAACGGGUAAAGGUCCCUUCUAGAACAGCCUAAGUCGUCCCUGAUGGCUGCGAGCCUUGUCUUUAUAACAUAUUGCUGAUCUUGUGCAUGGCCUUUUGGUAUGAGUCAGUGAUCUGGAAUGUUUUCCCCAGGUUACCACCAUCCUUCCUAUGGGAAGCCAGCUGCCUUUAUUAUGACCUGCUUUACAACCUAGUUUCUUGGGGUGGAUUAUGUUGAGAAAAAAACCCAAGUGACCCUGGGGCCCUAGAUGGGGAGUGGGUAGGCUCAGUCCAGCCAUGGGCUGUGGCCACGGGAUAGGAGCCUGCAGGGGCUUCCAGCCAGAGUAUUGGAGCUGUCGGGGGCUGCCACCCAGACCCCCAGGCUGGCCAGAGCAGAGCCUCAGGACCCUUGGAGAGACCCAGGUUUUGGAUCAUGCGUGCUGGAGCAAUCUCUACAAUAGGGCUCCCAGGGAUCAGUGAGAGGGGCCACGAGACAACUUGAUGCACCAGAAUACUCCACCCUGAGAUGCCUAAGACCUGGCUGUCCCUGCCUAAGCUGGUACCAGGGACAGGUGGCCCCACCAUAGCCCGGACUCCAAGCCAUGAGUUCUCUAACGGCCACUCCACUGACGACAUGACCACGUGACUAUGUCUACACAUAUCCUGAGGCAAGCGAUAGAUACCUAAGGGGUGACAGAACUGGCAAAAAAA